UGUUGCCGCCGGUCGCUGGAGACUGCUCCGUGCCGUGGUCCCAUAGCGUGAUGAAGUUCGUAGUUUUGGUGUUUCGCGUGGCCCUACUUGUAUAUUAGUUAGCCUUUUCCUUUUCAGCGCGGUGCAAUCGAACUAGGUAGAAGCAAUUUCUGCAUAGCGCGACAUUCAAAUAGCAUCGCCAGUUUCUUCACGGUGUUUACGUCAAGCGGCAUUCGUCUUUAGAGAUCGGCCAGCCAGUUGCACACGAGCUUGCUGCCUGAUGCAACGUCCUGUCGCCUCACGAGACGUUACAAGCCACAAUCAAAUUGUCUCUGUGGUCAGUAGUGUUCGCGAUAAGCUGAUAGAGACGUCGUUGUCGCCGCUGGUGCGCGGUGUUGAAACGGAAAUCUUGCUCUCUUCGUCAGCUACGGUAUAGAAAUUGGGAUUUCUGGCAGGGAGCCGCAAAAGACACCGAUGGCGACCAAGGUGUUCCGCGCAGUCAUCAUGGGUCCGCCGGGAUCGGGCAAAGGCACGAUAUCCGAAUGGAUCGUGAGAGACUUCGCGCUCAAGUACCUCUCUUGCGGAGAACUGAUGCGCCAGAACGUGCGGAACAAGACGCCGCUGGGCCUGGAGAUGGCACCCUAUAUGGAGAAGGGGAACCUGGUACCGGAUGAGGUGGUCACGAAGCUUAUCCUCCACGAGGUCAACAACACUUACAAAAACGAUCAUUGGCUGCUUGAUGGUUUUCCUCGUACUGUGCCGCAGGCAGAAGCUCUUUAUAAGGACACGGCUCUGUCUUGUGUGCUCAAUCUGGCCGUGCCUGAGGAAGAAAUCACGAAGCGAAUCGAGGGCCGCUGGAUACACGCUGCCAGCGGUCGGACGUACCACACGGAAUUCAACCCUCCCAAGGUGCCCUUCAAGGACGACGUCACUGGAGAGCCACUCGAGCAGCGGGCCGACGACAAACCGGCUACGGUACGAGCUCGUCUGGCAACCUACCGCGCCCAAACUGAGCCCCUGCUGGCCUACUACGACAAGAAAGGCCUCCUGCACGAGUUCCACGGCACAAAGUCCAAGGAGAUCUGGCCGCACGUGUACAAGUACCUCAGCAGCCUUCGCAAGCCUGUCCGUGCUCUGAGCAUAGAUUGAAGGAGUGUGCCGCGUGUGGUCGCCAUCACUGGCAGCACACCACGCCACGAUAUCGGCUGGUUGCUCCUUCAAAGCGAAUCAAGGUGCUGAAUCGACGGACAGGCUUACGGCAUGCAUGCAUUCCUAAGUACCAUUCCUUUUUGGAAAAUGAAAGGACUGGUAUUAGUUAUAUACUAAAAAGGCUGUAAACGAGCGUCCAGCUAAAGAUCACUGAAAGAAAUACCUUGGUCGGAACACCUGACUCUAAAAUAUACAAGUUGUUUCAAAGAGACCCUUAAACAGCUUUGAAAAUUUUAUAUAAAUGGAUUAGGCUAGUAAGGCAAGUCCUAAGAGUGAUUUGCAGACUGAUUUAAGUUUUCUGCAUCAACUGUGUAAUUUAUUAUAGUACAAGACUUCGAACAUACAAAUGGCUGCAGAUCGCAGUGGCUUGGCCAAACAAGGUUUCACCUUUGGGCAUCGUACUUAUGUAGUGUUGUUCCUCUUACGUAGCACCAGUGACCAAUCGGGAUGGAUGCGUCUACUCUGCGUCACUAAACCUGCAGUGGGCAGCGAGCAUCAUCUGCCUGUGUUAGAAUGCCCUCCUUGUUGAUAUGAGCUGCACGAUAUUUAUCUCGGGAUGUCUUUACUCAGACACUAUGAAUUCCACCAGCUGAGUUGUAUGCACAAAUCUAGCGAUUGGUGACUUGUAAAGCUGCAACACCGUACAAGCAUCAUAAGGUAAACGGCAAGCAGUCGCUGCAGCUCUUCGGGGCAGUAAGCAUAGGGCUCUCGCUAUAUGACCAACCCCAAGGUCCACACGUCUGCAGCUGUAGCUUCGCCCCUCAAGACAUAGCCGAAUUGCCCUAGUUUGGGCUUAUUGGCGGUUGUUUUGAAAUACUUUUUGUUUAUCAACAUGCCUUCGCAAGUUGUUCCCCUACAGGAGACUAAAUAACGAUGGCUGGUGGCGCAGGGCCACCUGACGGAGCAAAUCUAAACCACGCCACGCUCUUAGCCUUUGUUGCCGAACAGUGAACACUGUUAGGUGUGCCCUGUGGGCUUGUCCCAUCAAGUGCGCCGCUGUUGCCAGUGACGCCUGGCUGUUCCAUGAUAUGAGGCAAAGCAGUGGCAAGAAGGGUAUAACUGUAAUUACCCAUAAAUGCCUUGAUACAUGGUGUCACUCAACUCGCUGUGCAAAUGAUUUGACGAUACUGUAGCCAAAAUGCUGACAAGGUUUGAAGAACCGUUUCAGGGUCUUUUUUAGAUAAUAUAUCUGAUAAGCCUGACAUAUAAGGAUCUUAGUUCAAUCCCUGCAAGUUGGCGAUAUUGCUGUCAUUGGAUGUUGGCUAAGCCGGUAGAGGCAGCAUAACAAAAUUGUGAGUGUACUCCCACUUUAUCAGUACUAUCUUUAUUUUUUGUACUGCAGGAGCGCUUACAGUAUGACCAUUGCUUUGGAAGGAGUGAAAUUGAUAGAAAAUGGUGGUGUUCUCAGAAAUAUUUGGCUGAGAAUGCAGCUUCAGUACUGGUCUGUUUAGCUUAAAUACUUGAAGUGUAAGGAUGUACGCAACAAGAAAAACAACCUUAAAAGGUGGUUGCUGUGAUUUGACAAUACAUAAAUAUUUGCGAGUAGGCUACCUGAAACGGAUUAAUAGUCUUGCCAAGAACUCUCACAGACUAUAGUAGACUCUCAUUAAAAGGAACCUGAAGGGACCAGGGAAAUAUGUUCCAUCUAACAGGAAUACCGUUUACUGAGAGACCAGCAGGGGUGCAGCAUACAAUUAUGGAACCAAUCACAUGAAAGACAGUUUUUUGAUUUAUGCAGCAGUUUCGUUUAACAGAUUACCGUUUAGUGAGAGUCUACUAUACUUUUCUAGCUCUGCACACAUUUCACCAUUCUUGCUCCAGUAAAAGCACAAAAACACCACAAAGGCAUUUGAAAAGAUUACUGCGAGAAAGUCAUGCCUUGUACUUACCAGACGUCCUACACGCGGUUACUCGGAAACCUGCCAUAGGGCAAGCUUUGUGGUGGAAAGAGAGAAUGGAAGACAAAUAAAAAUUUGGAUUGGGGAUUAGCAUUGGAUGGAAAUAUUAUAUUGUUCGGCUAGUUUCUGGCCGAGCUUAUACGGUUUGAAAAGAUGCCUUCUUGCAGGACGUGCAGUAACAUUUUUGCGAGUUCUCCGUUGUGAUGUGUGGCAGUGAACGAUGAAGGGCCUGUCUCAGGUUCAUAUCACUGGCGGUGAUUAGCAUUGGAUGGAAACAUUAUAUUGUUCUGCUAGUUUCUGGCCGAGGUUAUUCGGUUUGAAAAUAUGCCUGCUUGCCGAUGUGCAGUAACAUUUGUGCGAGUUCUCCGUUGUGACGUGUGGCAGUGAACGAUGAAGGGCCUGUCUCAGGUUUAUAUCACUGGCUACUUAUCUGUGGAUAACAUUGUUAAAUCAUAUCGCCUGCCUAAAUUUCGUUUUGCACAUUUCAUUUUAUUCAUAUUCUGCAAUAUCUGGUAAGUUCUGCAUUACGACACCCCUUCAAGUUCCUCCUUUUCUUGGAAGUUACCACUAAUGUUGUGAAACAUGUCGGGAGUUCUUGCUUUUUUUUUCUCAACUGAUACCUGCAAGAAAAUGGCACAGUUACUAGGUUGGCAUAGUUACUGCUUGAAAUUGAAUGCUGCAAACCUUUAAUGUUGACUUAUCAGUUCAACUUGUGCAUAACGUGUUUAUAACUUACAUGGUUAGCUGUUCUGUUGUGACCUUUCUGCUUUUUAAUUGAAGCAAUGUCAUGAUUUAACGAAUUCUGAAGUCUACGCUGUGUGUUUAUCAAUAAGUUCAGUCUACUUCACCUGUUAAUCAUUGCCUUUUUGCUUGGCCUAAAUGUGGCAAUCAGUAUUUUCGAAAUGUUAACUUCCAGUUAUGCAUGAGCAACGAAUGUAGUUAUUAUUGCUGUGAGCGUAAGUUAUGAAUAGUCAACUUUUACAGGAAACUCACGUGCUGAAUUUUUCUACAGGAUCUUACGCAGUGCAUUGUAAUAAUGCAUUCAAGUGUGUUUCACAUCGUGUUAUAGAAUAGGUUCA